ACUUCGUUGUGUCAAUUUCGUUGAACUCUUUGUAGAUAUUUCAUAGGCGCAUGGACGGGUCCAUUGAGUUUUAUCGAAACUUCACAGAGUAUGAAAAUGGGUUUGGAAAUGCAGGAGAAGAACUGUGGCUAGGCCUGAAGUACAUACAAGAACUAGCUAACCAAAGUCAUUCUGAACUUCGCAUAGACAUGACAAAUCACAACAACGUCACAGGCUAUGAGACCUUUCCGGAUUUCAGGUUGACAGAUGGAAUAAAGUAUAGACUCAACAUUGGGUUACGUACAGCAUCAGUUAACGUCGGAGACGGGUUAAGUUACAAUAAUAAUUCUCCGUUUACAACAUUUGAUCGUGACCUAGAUAAUAAAGACUCACAUAAUUGUGCUGUUGAUCGACACGCAGGCUGGUGGCAUAAGGCAUGUACAAUGGUUAAUUUGAAUGGAUUAUAUGUCCCACCAGGUUCAAUUUGUAAAGUUGCUGGGGCAGAACCUGGGCUAUGUGAUCAUCUGCAUAGAGGGCUUGAAGGUGGACCUCGUGUGAAAUUAAGGAGAUCUUCAAUGAUGCUGAGAAGGACACAAAUUGUGAUCUAGAUAAUGAAAAGUUUAUCUAAACUCAGACCUUUAAUACUUUUUAGCAAAUAUCAAACAAGGUUUUAAUAUAAUAUACAGAAAACUUUAUCAUUAUUAAAGUGACCAAAUUGUC